AUGAAUAGUCAUAGUUUUAUGUUAGCAGAAAGGCUUAUUCCAGCCACUUACCUCCAGCAAGCUGCUGCAGCAAAAAAGUCCAGAGAAAAUUUAAUAAGACAAUUAAUAGAGCAGCGAAAAUGGCCUGAGGAAGGAUGGGAUGAUACAACAAUAGAAUUGUUUUUAGCUGAUCUUGCUCAAAUGGAUAGUAAUAAUUUUCCUGGAAAUUGUGGAGUUGGUGAAAGAGAAGCAAGAUUUGCUUGUUCCCUUGUAGCUAAAAGACACUACAGGCUGGGUCAUGGGAUUGGCAGAUCGGGGGAUUUAGGAGAAGUUCAGCCGAAAGCAGCAGGUUCAAGCUUGCUCAAUAAGCUAACAAACUCUCUAGUUCUAGAUGUUAUUCGAUUUAUGGGUGUAAAAACAUCUGCAGGAUGUUUUGUUGUUCCUGUAGCCACUGGAAUGAGUUUAGUUCUUUGCAUGAUGACUAUAAAACAGGAACGACCAGAUGCUAAAUUUGUUUUAUGGUCAAGGAUUGAUCAAAAAUCUAGUUUUAAAUGUAUUGUAACUGCAGGAUUGAAACCCAUUAUAAUUGAAACUGCACCAUCCGGAGAUGAGUUGAGAACGGAUUUGGUUACCAUGGAACAACAAAUGGCGGCAUUGGGAGCUGAGCAUAUAGCUUGUGUUGUUACAACCACAAGCUGUUUUGCACCAAGGGCCAGUGAUUCAGUCGAUCAAGUAGCCGUUCUUUGCAGUCGAUACAACAUUCCACAUAUAAUAAAUAAUGCUUACGGUCUUCAAAGUACAAGAUGCAUGCAUUUAAUACAAGAAGCUGCCAGACGAGGGAGAGUCGAUGCUUUCGUUCAAAGCACCGAUAAAAAUUUCCUCGUUCCUGUCGGAGGAGCAAUCAUUGCUGGAUUCGAUAAAAGUUUUAUUGAAAAAAUUUCAAAAAUGUAUCCAGGCCGUGCUUCGUCGAGCCCUGCGAUGGAUGUUUUUAUAACUUUGCUGUCGUUGGGUAUAAACGGAUACAAAAAUCUCAUAUCUCAAAGAAAGGAAAUGUACAAUUACUUGAAGGAAGAACUUGGAAAAGUAGCUUCGAAACAUGGCGAAAAAAUAUUAGACACAAAAAAUAAUCCAAUAUCAAUCGCAAUGACGUUGAAUUCCCUCGCUGGUACAGAUACAAAAACCAUCACCAUGUUGGGCUCAAUGUUGUUUUUACGAAGCGUUUCCGGUACUAGAGUCAUAACCGGAAACGAUAUCAAAGAUGUUGCCGGGUGUAAAUUUGAAGGAUGGGGAGCGCACAAUAGUAAUUAUCCUACACCGUAUUUAACCGCAGCAGCAGCUUUAGGUAUAAGGAAAAGUGACGUCGAUCUUUUCGUUCAUCGACUCGAUAAAGUUUUAAGCAAGUUGAAAGGUCGAAGUGCGCCCCCGACGCCUACUUCGGUCAGAAGAGUUAUGAGGAGCAGCGGUGGAGGAGGUGGAGGUUCGAGCACGCUCAACGGUGACGGUGGGAGCAACAGCGGGAGCGGAGGAGAACAACAAAGUCAAAGCAGUGCAAAAUCGAGUGCUAAAAGCAGCGCGAGUACUUCGUUAGCAAGUAGCAAAGAUAGUCUAAGGAAAUGA